ACGAAGAAGACGCGACCCGGAAGUCACCGCUGCUCACCGGUCCGACCGCGAGACCUGCGAAAUUCUCCCAACUUUGUCACAUUUAAUCAUCAAAACGUCGUACACAAUGAGAGGAGACCGGGGACGGGGGCGAGGCGGCCGCUUCGGGGCCCGCGGAGGGCUGGUCCAGGGGUACCGUCCGUUUGUUCCUCACAUCCCAUUUGAUUUCUAUGUGUGUGAGAUGGCGUUCCCCAGAGUGAAGCCCGCCUCCGAUGAGACAACUUUCAGUGAAAGUCUCCUGAAGAGAAACCAGGACCUGAGCCCCACACCUGCAGAGCAGUCCUCCAUCUUGUCUUUAGUGACCAAGAUCAAUAAUGUCAUCGACAACCUGAUUGUCGCACCUGGAAACUUUGAAGUGCAAAUUGAAGAAGUCCGUCAGGUUGGUUCAUACAAGAAGGGCACCAUGACAACGGGACACAACGUUGCUGACCUCGUCGUAAUCCUCAAGAUCCUCCCUACGCUGGAAGCCGUAGCUGCUCUCGGCAACAAGGUGGUUGAGACUCUUCGUACCCAGGACCCCUCUGAAGUGCUCUCCAUGCUGACCAAUGAGACGGGCUUCGAGAUAAGUUCAGCGGAUGCAACGGUGAAGAUUCUCAUCACCACCGUCCCACCAAAUCUGCGCAAGUUGGACCCAGAAUUGCACUUGGACAUCAAGGUUCUGCAGAGCGCCCUGGCCGCCAUCCGCCACGCCCGCUGGUUCGAGGAGAACGCCUCCCAGUCCACGGUCAAAGUUCUCAUCCGCCUCCUGAAGGACCUCAGGCUGCGUUUCCCGGGCUUCGAACCCCUGACCCCCUGGAUCCUGGACCUGCUGGGCCACUCGGCGGUGAUGAACAACCCGUCCAGGCAGCCUCUGUCCCUGAACGUGGCCUACAGGCGCUGCCUCCAGAUGUUGGCUGCUGGUCUGUUUCUGCCCGGCUCGGUGGGCAUCACCGACCCCUGCGAGAGUGGAAACUUCAGAGUGCACACCGUCAUGACACUGGAGCAGCAGGACAUGGUGUGUUUCACGGCUCAGACUCUGGUCCGGGUUCUCUCUCACGGAGGUCACCGCAAGAUCCUGGGUCUGGAGGGGGACGCCAGCUAUCUGGCCACGGAGAUGUCCACAUGGGACGGCGUGAUCGUGACCCCGUCAGAGAAGGCCUACGAGAAACCUCCGGAGAGGAAGGAGGAGGAAGACGAGGCCCUGGAGGAGGGAGGAGACGGGGAGGACGAGAGCAUGGAGACGCAGGAGUGAACAAGUGGUUUUUGGAGGACUGAGGACCAGCAGCAGAAACACUGACCCGAGCGCUGACAUGAGCUCGCCAGUGUCUACAGAACGACUCCUCAAUUAAUAACUGUUUUUUUAUUACUGAUUUAUUAUUGAUGUUUUUACUUUCCAUUGGACUUGCUUGUACUUUCCCCCCUGUUACCUUUCUCUAACAGUGAAAUAAAAGUGUUUUAAGUUACA